AUAGCGAUUUGUUAUUCGCGUCGGUGUUUUAUGGUGUUUAUUCUCCGUGUUUUUCGGGAUAUACUUUAAUUGUGGUUAAAUCAAGUAUCGCCAUGGGAAAUAUUCAUACUGUAGGGCCCAACGAAGCUCUAAUAGUUUCAGGAGGAUGUUGUGGAUCCACAAAACGUGUAACCACCGUCGGAGGAUGGUCGUGGGCAUGGUGGUUGGUCACAGACGUCCAAAGACUUUCCUUGGAAGUUAUGACUUUGAAUCCGCAGUGCGAAAGUGUAGAGACAGCCCAAGGUGUGCCUCUCAGUGUCACCGGAGUGGCUCAGUGCAAGAUCAUGAAAGCCGACGAACUGCUACACACUGCCAGCGAACAGUUUUUGGGAAAAACUGUCAAGGAAAUCAAAAGUACUAUUUUGCAGACGCUCGAGGGUCAUUUACGAGCUAUUUUAGGAACUCUUACAGUAGAAGAAGUAUACAGGGACAGGGACCAAUUCGCUGCUUUAGUGCGAGAAGUAGCGGCACCGGACGUGGGCCGCAUGGGCAUCGAAAUUUUAUCUUUCACCAUCAAAGAUGUUUAUGACGACGUCCAGUACUUGACGUCGUUGGGCAAGGCACAAACUGCCAUGGUCAAGAGGGACGCUGAUGCCGGGGUUGCAGAAGCGAAUAGGGAUGCUGGGAUUAGGGAAGCAGAAUGUCAAAAAUCGGCGAUGGACAUUAAGUAUUCAACCGACACAAAAAUCGAAGAUAACGCCCGAAUGUUCAAGCUGCAAAGUGCCAAUUUCGAUCAAGAAAUUAAUACGGCGAAAGCUCAAGCCCAAUUGGCCUACGAACUCCAAGCAGCCAAAAUCCGACAAAAAAUCCGAAACGAAGAAAUCCAAAUUGAGGUAGUCGAGAGAAAGAAACAAAUCGAGAUCGAGACCCAGGAGGUACUCAGGAAGGAGAAAGAGCUGAACGCCACCGUGCGUCUACCAGCCGAAGCUGAAAGCUACAAGAUGCAAAUGUUGGCACAAGGAAAAGGUACUCAAACCGUACAAAAAGCUCAGGCCGAAAGUGAACGAAUCAAAAUGAUCGGUACAGCCGAAGCGUCUGCUAUCGCUAGCAUCGGUAAAGCUGAUGCUGAAAGGAUGAGAAUGAAGGCUGCUGUCUAUAAGCAAUAUGGUGACGCUGCUAUUAUGAAUAUUGUUUUGGAGGCUUUACCAAAGAUUGCCGCCGAAGUAGCAGCGCCAUUAGCCAAAACAGAAGAAAUUGUUCUCAUAGGUGGGCAGGACAAUACCACCGGCGAAAUUACUCGUUUGGUUGGUCAGAUCCCACCUGCCGUCAACGCAUUGACAGGAGUCGAUCUGUCAAAAGUGUUGGGCAGAAUUCCUGGAGCAACUCAAAACACUGUGGCUCCGGUUAAGUAAAUCCGUUCUUUAUUUUUGGCAGUUUAAUGCUACACAGCAACAGAUAAUUUUCACAAAAUUAUCUUCAGUUGCUGCAGCACAAAUUUUAUUGUUUUAAAAGGUUUCUUUAGCAGAUUCCUAUUCACUAAUUCUUUAUCUUCCAUUCUGUAUGAAAGAUUAGCUAAAUCUUGAUGUGUCUCUUUUUAUUUGGAACGAAACUGCUAGAGAACACCGAAUUGGCAUGAAUUUAUAAACUUGAGUACCAUUAUGUGACUUUAAAUCUAGAAAGCUUUAGGUUUAUCUGGAUUAGAUCUAUAUAAGGGCUAAAUAUGGUAACAUACAGUGUGUUCAUAAUCCCUAGAUAAACAUUAUUUACGCUAUUCCAAGACCACUUUCUUGCGGUCUAGUACAAACCCUCAGGUAUUUUCUGUAGUGUGUUUAUUUCGUUUAACGUUCACCCUCAUACCAAAAAUAAUUUAGGUAAAGGAAAUGCUAAAUUGUCUUUGCUUACAAUACUAAUCUAUUCAUUAAUUAAUUUAAUAACAUGCAUAAGGCCACUCCAGUAAUAGUUUAUGUUUAAAUAAAUUAAAUUGUACUUUUUUAAUACACAUAGAUCAUUUUGUGAAAUAUUUUGGCAAUAAAACCAAAGUGACAGGUAAAAAAAAAAUCUUUUUUUUUUGUUUCUAAAAUUGAUAUAGUAUAAUAAUAAUCCGCUAGGUUAACUAUCGCCAGUUUCAUUUAUAAAGGUGUCAUUUUCAAAAUUAUUUAAUUGUACUGUGUGUUCUACUAAGAGUGGCUCUUGGCCGUAUUUCGAAAGGUAUUAGUCCUAUGAUUUUCAGAAAAAAAAUCCCAUCAAAAUGCCCCGCUAGAGGGCGCAACAUAUUAUGACAUGUAAGACAAUAGCAUUUUUACAACAUUUUGCCUAAGUAAGAGGUAUUAUAAAUAAUGAAUACAUAAUCGCCAGUAAAUUAAAUUUUUUUGUCCUUUCUGAUAAUUAAAACGGUGGGGGUAGGUUAGGUCUUUGUUCAUAUUCUAAUUUAGAUGCUGGUCAAUUGGUUUUUACCAGAGCCGUACAAGAGGCUCACAUACACAAUAAUUAAAUAUGAUAAACAAGCAAUUCAUUUACUUUUAUAUUGAAAAUAUACCAGAAUAUCACUAGAGCAUAAGUAAUAAUUAAAAUGCCGUAAUAAUGAACUUGAAACUUAGUCAAGAAUUCUUAAUGGAGUAAUGAUAUGUGAAAGUCAUCUUCCUUUUCAUGAUCAUUUUCAAAAAAUAACUAAUAAUUUAAACAGCUGUUUUUAAGUCAGACAGCGCCUCCUAGCGUCUACCGUCGAAUGUAUAUUAAUAUUCUUUAUAAGGUAAACUGUAGAGUAAGAAAGGGUAUUUUAAGACAAGACCUAAUCUAAAUGCCAUUACCUCAUCUGGAGUUACUAAUAUUUAAAUUUAAAUAGAUCCAACCUUCUCCCGAUCCCGUUAUUUUAGCACAUAGGACAAAAUGACAAAGCACAUAGGAAAAAACUGAAAUUUACCGAAGAAAAUAGUGCCAUGAAUUGUAGGGAAAUUAUGCUUAAGAUGACAUAUUUUUUGUUUUAAGGCAAAUAUUUGAAAAUCCAAAGAUGAUAUUUAAUAAAUGUAAGGUCGUAUUGAAAACGUUUAUUUACAAAGUAACAAAGUGAAUCCUGAGCCUAAAGAAAAUUCAAUAAUUUUUUAAAAGAAAAGAUCAUCUCCAUGAUGGGUAAGAUGACACCCAAGCGUUAGUUGACAUAUUUAAUUAUCGGUGCACAAUUCACAAUUGAACAUCCUAGCUUUUAGUGAAACGCCCGCACUCCCGGUACUCUCCUGACUUCGAUUUAAUAUUAUUAAUUUGUUGCAAUAAAGGUAUACAGGGUCUAAGUCAUCAUCAGCGUCCUGCAUAAAAUCUUUCUUAAGUUCGGCCUUGGAAUCAUCCUGAUCCAUCCAAUCCACUUACUACGAGAAAUAUUUAUGUACACCGUAUUUAUUUACUACUACUAUUUAUGUCCGAUUUAAAUAUGACGCCAAUAUUUCGACUGCACAGUCAACUGGCCUCCUAGCGGCGAACACUGUCCGGAAGAAUCCCUUACCUUCCGUGCCUCUCCACAGAUGUCGUGCGGUGUGUUUUUUUUUUGGUACUUCGUUGCAUUGUUUGGCUUAAUUAUUUUUUAAAUAUUUUAGUUAAGUGAUUGAUACAUGCUUAUAACUGCAUGAAAAGUGUUGUAAAAGUCCUGAAAAAUAUGCAUUUUUCAAUUAACUUUAAGGCGGUUUUAAAUAUUAUAGUUGACUUAACAUUAUAUUUUAAAGAUAGUUCGCUUCAUCAGAUUUUAAAUUCUAACGCUCUUGCGAUUUUCUUUCUCUUUUUUGUUUUGGACUUGGCCUUUAACUUCGUCCAUAUAAGGACAACUUCAAAUAUAAUUUAGCAUCUCCUGGGAAGUGGACGAUCUAGUAAUGACUUGACAAUCACGCUGAACCAGCAUUGGAUUUAUCGUAUGCUACACUGGGCUCGAAACAGAAGUUCCAGGAAUAUCUUUAUCAUUUUGCUUUUUGCAUGAUCCAUCAUCCGUUUCCAUCUCGAUAACAUUGUCAGUGACUUCGAUGGGCAGACACAAAUGAUACGAAAAAAUAUGUGGGUUCAAUGGAUAAUAUCCGUUUUUUUCAAAUCUACUCGUCAUAUUUCCGACCGCGGCAGCAUUUCCAUAUGCUCUCCCCAAAAUGACACGUUAAGUGUAAUUUUCUAUCCAAGUGUCCGAUGGGCAGACACAGCAAUAUGACAUGACUCCACUGACCUUAGCAAACUCCAGAGCCUCUAGGUCCUUGUGACUACUGUGGCAAUCGAGGAUCAGAAUAAAUCUAUUUGUAGCAUUACAUGCAGUAGAUCUAACGAAGUAUUUUAUUAAUUUGACAAAUAAGUCACCAGUUAUGUAUCCAGUAUCGUAGCAUAGCUGCAUAGUUCUUAGCGGUACAUCCAAGUAUUCGGCUUUAUAGUUCUUUCUUGGGAUAAUAAUGGCAGGCGGAACAAAAUUCCCAGCAGCAUUGGCACAUACAGCGACGUGCAGACAUCGUACUGUACCUAUUAAUUCUGCAACUUGUUUUUUUUUCAACUUGUUUUCCCUUGUGGGCAAAUAUUUUCGGUGGCUUUUGGACGGUACUGAAGUUCAUUUCGUUCAUAUUUCCUAAAUGUUUGUCAGUGGAAUAUUAUUAUCAGUUAUUUAAUGUCCUAAAAGAUCGAAGAUCUUCAUCACCUGAGGCGUAUCAAAAGCUCUUGGUCUUUGGAGAAUGUGGCUUCAUGAACCCUCAAUGAGAUGAUAGAGUUUCACCUCCUAAACACUUUUAACCAAUCCCAGCUUGUUAUUUGUUUAUCUUCGUCAAAUCUAUGGGUUAAUCCUGCCUUUUUGGCAAAUUGAUAUGCCAAUUGUCUCACAUCAGUGGUGGUAAAUCCAAAGAAUCUCUGUUCAAAAUAAAGUAUAUGCUCCACUAAUUGUUGUUCUAUGGCUACAUCAAAAGUAGGCUUGAAACGACCGAGAUUUACAGGAACUUUCUAGAAGUUACGAUAAAGUGUGGCCUGCCGCACGUUAAACGCUUUAGAGGCCUUUAGACACCCCAUCCUAUUUUCUUUCACACCUUUUUUGAAUGGCCUUCGCCAUGUCUUCCUUGGACCAAGAAUCACGCAUAGACUUUCGUUGAUAGUUGUCAGGCUUCAAAUAUUCUUACUCGUCGUAAAGAACAUCAGCUACCGAGAACAUCGGAAUCUACGAGCUACAAAAUGUUAAGAGUCCUUGCUGCCUUAAAACUUUAAGGUUAUGUUCAUUCAUAAAGCACAUUAAUCACAGCUCAAAUUACUCAAACACAACAGUCAACUUACGUGAUACAGCCAACACAACAAACAACGCGAGCAAGCGGUCACAGAAAUUUUGAGUGAUCCAUCUUGAAGGCCAUCUGUGAUGAGACUAUGUGUAGAAGCGGCAAUGUGAUUUGCGGCCUGUGCUGCGAAUAUUUAAACCUGUCAAGCACUAUGUGUUCCUAAUAACUCUUACCUACGCAAAAUUUCGUAAAGAUCCCAUUUUCUCAUCUCAUAUAGAAACUUUAACAGUUUUAGACUGAAACUGAGGUCGUUUCAGCCCAUGAAAAUACGAGAUAAUCUACUGGUUUGUUAUUAUGCUAGGUUCAUCCUACGGCUAAUAUUUUUCAAAGAGCUAAUGCUAAUCUGAGAGAUAGAUUUACUUUCUAACUUAGGGUACCAUAAAGAGCACAUUUUCUUUUCAAUAUUAACGAUUAACUUCUUCCUGCGCCGCCAAUCUUUGCAAUUACAAUAUAGCGCUUAGAAUUGUAGCAAUAAAUUGGCGAGUGGCUUUAAAACGCACGUGCGGGUUGUGUACUAUUUGAUUUUGUAGCGUUAGCGUGUGAUGCCCAGAUUGUAAAUUAUAGACCUUAAAAUUGUAAUAUUAAAUUAUAUUUUUCUACUCCUAGUAACCCUGUUAUACUAUGUUUUCAAAAUUUUAAAAUUAAUUGCGGUAUAUAAAAUAUUGCUUUUUUUGUUAAGUGUCUUCGAUUGUGUAUUUUAAAUAAAAUUGACGUCUGAUGGUGAAUAACGCGUGUACGAAACCUAAAAAUAUUCUAGUAUAUUUGUAUUAAUAUCCUGUUAAAUGUCACUGCCGAUCAAAUUAAAUGGAUCUGUUAAAACGUUUGAUAUUGGUUCGAUAUGACAGAUCUCUGUAUUAAAUGCCUUGCCCAAAAUUUUAUAUUUGCUUCAAGCUUAAAACGUUAUAAUAUGGAGAUUUGGCGAUUCUAUUAUUUUAUUUUUUAAUUAUCCUUUAUGAAGUGUCCCAAAGUUGCCUUUACAAUGAAUAACCAAUAUUACUCAUACAUUUUUAGAGAAACAAGUAUAAAGAUAUUUCUAGAAUUAUAUGGUUGUUAGCAGCUUGAAGUAAAUAAAUGUAAAAGUAAUGGCAACUAUGAAACACCCUGUAUAUUUGUGUAGUUUUACGAGCAGUUUAUUUUUUAUUCAAACUUUUUAGAAUAUUAACCUUAAAUACGUUUUGUUCUACCUCAUUUUGAAUAUCGUAAAGUUGUGUAGUAAUAAUAGUUAUAUUAGUCAGUAUUUUUUUUGUAUUAAGAUAUAAACUGCUUUAUAAAACUUGUAAAAUAUCUCCGGGAAUUUCUGAGGAGAUAAGGAGAUUAUUUAUAUGUGAAUAAAAAAAUGCAUUUUGAUCCUCCAUCCAUUAAGGCUCAUUAAUCCCCUGAGAUUAUGUAUUUUAUAUUUUAUUGAAAAUUGGACAAGUCAGUACCCAUCCAUAAUAAAAUGCUAGUUACAUUAUUUUAGAAACAACAUUCGUAAACAUAAUAUGGAUUAUACUGAUAGGUUGAAUUAUUAUUUAUAUUAUGUUUUAUGUACCUAAUUAAAUAUUUGAUAUAAUUGCAUUUAAAAUAUUUUAAUCCCAAAUAAAUUGUGUGUAAACA